CAACAGUGCAGUCCUGGUUCUAGACUCUACCCCGCUUCAAUUUAUCACCAGAAUCAGCAUCAAAUCAACACCCUCUUAACUCGUUUCUAACCCUACCAUCAAAUCGCAGAACAUCGAAUAACUGAUUAUGGCCCUCCCUGAAAUGCAAUACCGCUCCCUAGGCCGGACAGGCCUGAAGGUCUCCGUCAUCUCGCUGGGUGGAUGGCUCACCUACGGCGGCCAUGUAGGAAAUGAAACUGCCUUUGAAUGUAUGAAGGUGGCAUACGACGCUGGAAUCAACUUCUUCGAUACGGCGGAAUCCUACUCGAACGGGGAGGCAGAAGUCGUUCUCGGCCAGGCGAUUAAGAAGUUUGGAUGGAAGCAGAACGACCUCGUCAUUUCCACAAAGCUAUACUGGGGCCAAAGCAACUCGGCGACACCAAACCGCCCACUGAACAACGUGGGAUUGUCACGUAAACAUCUGGUGGAAGGGAUGGCGGCGUCGCUGGCCCGACUGGAUCUACCCUACGUGGACGUGGUGUACGCGCACCGGCCGGACCGGGACACACCGAUGGAAGAAGUGGUGCGCGGGUUCAACCACCUGCUGAACACAGGCAAGGCGUUCUACUGGGGCACCUCGGAGUGGACGGCGAGCGAGAUCGCGGAUGCGUGGCGGGUGGCUGAGAAGCUGGGACUCGUGGGCCCUGCAGUCGAGCAGCCACAGUAUAACGUGUUGACGCGGGAGAAGGUCGAGCGUGAGUUCCGCUGGCUGUACGACUCGUACGGACUCGGGCUCACCGUCUUCUCCCCCCUGAAGCAGGGGAUCCUGACGGGCAAGUACAACGGGGCUACGGAACCGCCGGCGGAGUCACGGCUGGCGCAGGAUGUCGAAAUGGCGCGCAACUUCCGCAAGACCCAGUUCGGCAAGGAGGCGUGGAAUCGUCAGGUUGAGCAGACCGCCGCGUUGACGGUCAUCGCGGACGAGCUCGGCGUCACCACCGGCCAGCUGGCUCUCGCCUGGGUGCUUAAGAACGAGCACGUCUCCAGCGCCAUCACAGGCGCCUCCCGGCCGGAGCAGGUCACGGAGAACAUCGCUGCGCUGGCGGUCAUCGACAAGCUGACGCCUGAGGUGCUGGAGAAGAUCGAGCUGGUGGUGGAGAACAAGCCUCAGCAGGACAAGAGGAGGUUCUAGAUGGAAUAGAAUACUAUAUUCCUAAUAGAGGAUUGCCUUUUCACUGAAAAGUGUUAUUCAUGAAUAUACCCCUGGUAAAUGUCCAGAUAGAACUUCCCCCCCC